AUGGCGCUCAACGCGCGCGCAGCAGAAGGGAGUUGGAAACCAGUAUACCUCAACCUUCCACUCAAUACAUCAGCGUCUGACGAUCCCAUCGGCUUUGCAAAGGUCAGCGGAUUCUACGGUCCGGGAGCCUGGGCUGCUCUGUUUCUGACCCUGUGCUCUUCAUGGCUCAACCUGGUCCUCCACAAACGCGGUUUCGACGCGAGCAUCUGCAGCUACCUGAUCGCGCUCAACGCCGCUGCUAUCGAUCACCUGAACCAUCUCCGCCGUCUGUCGGCCUUGAAAGCUGCUGCUGAUGCGUCCUGGAUGCAAGAAGCCGCACCUGUCGGCGCUGCAUUCACCGUGACAUGGUGGGGGCUAGGCGGUAUCCUCGCGCAGAUUGCAACGAGCCCGCUCUUGUAUCAGCGAAGGUCGCAGAGGCGGUCCCUCGCCCAACGGGUUGGUGGUCUCGUCCUGGGAUCACUCGUCCCUUCUAUUUCCAUAGCUGCAGGAAUUUGGCUGGCCGAUAGAGAGGCAGGGGCGAGUAUUCCCAUGCUGUACUGGCGAGGGAUGAUGAUGGAAGCAGAGCCUGUCGGUGUGGAUGGAAAGGGACACAACACUCUGAACUCUCACCACGACGCUCGGAUAUUUGCCUCGCUUACCGGUCUCGGCUUCGCUAUAUUACUUGGUCUUGCUAUUGUUUGCGUUUCUGGCUUCUGGCUAGACUCGAAAGCUCCCAGUUUGCGGAUCCAGCUGGCGGCAGUGCUUGGUCCAUUGUGGAAGGUCACAGACUUUCUGCGCCGGAAAUUUCGCAGUCGGAAGGCUCGGAUUAGAGGAAUUGUGGCGAUCAUCGUUCUCGAUUUGGGCUCGCUUCUCGCGUUCGUGAUCGGCGCUGAUGAGUCGAAGGAGCGGAAGCAUUGGCAAUUGCUACUUCUCCCAUCAAUGCUGACAGUGAUUCCCUUCUUCGUCAUUCUCCUGAUUGUUGGAACACCGGUCAUGGCACCGCUCCACGGGACAUUGUAUACUAUGGAGUAUAUCUCCGCGGUAUCCUUCCAUCACGGAUCUUCGCCCUCACAAUCGUGCUGGUUUAUGCCGUGCGCACCCCAAUCGAUCGCCGAAAUGGACCAAGCUUUGGCGCUCAUUGGGGGUCUCUUCUCACUCCUCGUUCUGGAAAUAGGCUGGCCAUUCAUCAAGCAUCAGAGGAGGGAACGGAGGGAGGCGCUCUUGUUUGAGCAAGAGAUGUGGCAGAAUUUUGCAUCGGCACAGGUGGACUCGACCAUUCAAGACUUAAGGAACGAUGACAGCAACGCCGACACGAGUGGUACGAGCGGAGCGCGUUUAGACGUGUCUCCUGCGGGAGCCAGUGCAAGGGAUAGUGGGGCCCCAGGCUCUACCCGCAGGUUCAAUCCAGCCAUUCUCGCUCAAGAGGCUAGGUGGCGGAGACAGACUACUUGGUAG